CUCCUCCGUCAAAUAGUGACCCUUCCUAGGAUCUCCGCUUUUUCUGCCACUGUUGGCUAGAGCUCCACUAACGGGUAAAAACCUAUCCUUAAUACCCGUAACGGGUGGUUUUUACGAUUCGAUCACUCCGAAAACCCCGAGCGAGGCCCUCAUAUAAGGUGACCUGCGCUUAGUUUUCUAGGCUCUUUAAGGCAAAUGACAAUCGGUAAUAUUCACCUCAUCACCACCCUUGUACGGAAACCCUUCACAGGAUGCCGAAUUUUGAUCAAGUAGCGGCUGGGCCAGAUGACUUGUUGUUCAGCCAUAACGGUGCAUCAAUAAAGGCUCUCGCCGAAAAGGAGGCCGAUAUUGAGGUUCCUCCAGGCCCACCUGCAGCCGAUCCUGAGGCCUUAGAAAUGCCAGUCAGAAGUGUUCAGGGAUUUACAUGGGCCCUCGUUGUCUUUGCUAUUACGGGAUCGACAUUCCUCUAUGCCCUAGACAACACCAUUGUUGCCGACAUUGGCAUUAAUGUUGUAUUAACAUUGGGUGAGAUCGAGAAGCUUCCUUGGCUAGGAACGGCGUUCACGUUGUCAUCGAUGUCGACUAUUCUUGUCUGGUCUAAGGUUUAUACCUUGUGGGAUGCUAAACAUUUAUACUUUAUCUCAUCUGUGGUAUUUGAAAUUGGCUCUGCGCUCUGUGGUGCUGCACCUACAAUGAAUGCAAUGAUCGUGGGGAGGGCUAUUGCUGGACUGGGUGCUUCUGGUGUUUAUAUCGGAUCUUUGACACUUAUUUCGGUCAACACAUCUGAACAGGAACGUCCGAAAUACAUGAGCUACACAGGUCUCAGCUGGGGUGCAGGCUUUGUCCUUGGACCAGUCAUUGGAGGGGCCUUUGCUGAGAGUGGUGCAACCUGGCGCUGGGCGUUCUACAUAAAUCUGGUCAUUUUUGGCAUUUUCGGACCUAUCAUCAUCUUCAUGGUUCCUAGCUGGGAUCCGAAAAAGGGACAGCAGAUCUCCUUCACUGCAAGAGGGGCAAAGAUGGAUUGGUUAGGUGCUGUUCUUGAAAUCGGAGCUUCUGUUUCAGGGGUCAUGGCGAUAAGUUUUGGGGGUACAAUUUACCUGUGGGGCAGCGGGGAGACGAUUGGAUUGUUUGUCACGUCGGCUGUGCUCUUCGUCCUGUUUGCACUCCAGCAGACGUUUUGCAUCCUAACAACAGAAGAUGACAGAAUAUUCCCAGUUCAGUUCAUGUUGAAUAAAGACAUGCUACUAUUGUGGCUCAUAACUGCGUCGAUCGCCGGAUCGGUUUUGGUACCAAUCUAUUACAUCCCUAUAUUCUUCCAGUUGGUCCAUGGCGAUGGCCCUGUUGAUGCAGCUGUGCGAUUGCUUCCUAUUGUCAUGACCUACGUCUUUAUGGUAAUGCUAGGUGGAGUCGUCGUCUCAAAGACAGGUCAUUGGUGGCCCUGGUUCUUCUGUGGUGGUAUAUUAGCCACUAUCGGUGAAGCUCUAUUUUAUGCGGACGUCAACAUCACUAGCAGCCAGUCUAAAGUUUACGGAUAUAGCUCCCUGGUUGGCGUAGGGGCGGGCGCUGUCGGUCAGCUCUUCUACUCUGUUGCACAAUUUAAAGUCAAGGCACAUGAUAUUCCCUCCACCAUAGGUUUUAUUUGCAUGGCACAGUAUGUUGGGCUAACCGUUGCGCUGUGUGUUUCCGGCUCCCUGUUUCUGAACGUCGCGCAGAAGUCCGUGGCGGCUUUGCUGCCACCUAGCACGCCACUUGAGACAGUGCGGGCGAUUAUUCAGGGAACAGAUAAACAGUCGAUCCUCGCACAGACUAUUGAGGUGCAGCAGAAAAUUAUGGUUGUGGUGGUAGAUGCGAUUAAGAAUACUUACAUUGUUAGUCUGCUUGGGGCUGCCCUGACAGUUGUGGCGACGUUGUUGCUGAAGCCAACGAGACAAAAGUUCUCUAAGUGAAAGGUGUAUAACAUAGGGCAUGAGACUACCGAUUUUACGCAAAUGAGUUUAGACGGGUUAUAAUAAAGGUUGCCAUAAAGCGGUUAGACGGUCUUGUGCAGGAGGGAUGUCGCCUGCCACCACAGUAGCACGACA